AUGGCCAGCUACGACCCCUAUGAGCGGGACGCACCCCGACGAUACGUGCGAGAGGAGCGGCGAGACGACAGAGAUCCUCGCUUUCUUGACUCUCGCGACUAUGGACGACCUGUUGUGUCCAGAGAACUAGUUCCUCGCGCUAGAGAGGACAGUGACUUGUCUGUUGAGGAAAUCCGCCGAGACUUCCCCCCGCCCAGUGGCCGGGAUAUUCGCAGAGCCCGCUCCGCUGACCACGACCGCGGCGGCUAUUACGAUGAUGACUACGAUUACCGCCACGACCCUCGUUACGACAGAUCUCGUGAACGGGAUCAUGAUCGCCAUUUACGUCGCGGGGGAUCUUACUAUGAGGAAGAGGAGCGUAGGUCCAAGCACAAGAGCAUGUCUAAGCAGGAAAAGAUUAUUGCAGCCGUCGCCGGCGCCGCCCUUCUUGCAGGCGGAAAAGAAAUUUACGACCGCUAUGAAGCAAAACAGGAUGGAGUCGAAGUACACCGAAACCCCCUCUCAUCCGUCGCCUUGGCCGGUUUUGGUGCGUUGGCAGGAUAUCAAGGUGCCGAGUUCUACAGCAAGCAGCAAGCGAAAAAGGACCAGAAGACCAAUUACAUCCUCCACCGUGGCCGUGAUGGACAAAUCACCGAGUACUAUUCUGAGGACGAGGAUGACAAGCACAAAAAGGGUCACAAAAACUUCCUCGAGAGCGCUCUCGCCGCCACUGGUCUCGGUGCCGCUGUCAAGACACUGACUGGUGGAGGCAAAGACGACGACAGGCACUCUGACAACCGAAGCCGUGGUGGUAGCCCGUCGCGGUCCCGUGCCGGUUCGCCCCGCUCCCGAACCAGUGGUUCCGGAGCCAACAAGAUGCAAAAGGCUGCCAUGGCGUCUCUGCUCGCAGGCGCCACCGAAGCAUUUCGCGUGGCAAAGGAGCCCGGCGGUUGGAAAGGUGAAAAGACGAAGCGCAUUCUCACCGCCGCAGCUGGUGCUGCUACAGUCGAUGCUGCCCAGGGAGAGAACCACGGUAAAUUGGGUCUCGCUGAGUCGGUUAUCGGUGGUUUGGUGGGAAACCGUCUCAUCAAUGGCUCCAAGAAGGACAUCGAGGAAGACAAGGCAACUGGACGAAGCCGAUCCCGAUCUCGUGCCCGUUCACAGGGUGGAAAUGGAGGCGGCGGAAGCGGCCUGGCAGCUCUGGCUACUGCUGGCUUGGGUGCUCUAGGAGCCAAGGCAGCGCUGGAUCACCGUUCACGGUCUCGGAGUCGUGCUGACAGCCGGGGACGGAGCUAUGACUCGAGAGACGGGUCGCCGGACAGAAGGCAGCGUAGCCGCAGCCGCAGUGUAGUCGACAAGGCUCGCAACAGCUUGGCGAAACUGGGAAUCGGCAGCGGAGCCGUCGCUGUGGCCGAUGACCACCGACGUCGCGACCAGGACGACUUUGAUGAUCGAGGCUCUUCACGACGAUCUCGAAGAUACUCUGAUGAAUACAGUGAUGAUGGCCGCCAUGGAGGCGGCCGCAGCCGCGGAGGGGAUGACUACGGAUACGACAGACGUGGGGGUGGUGGCCGGCGAGACUCGUCUCGUAGACGAGGUGGAAGCCGUUACGGAUCCGACUCCGACCUGGGCGAUUCGGAUGAAGACGAGAGGAAAGCCAGAAAGAUGAGAGGUAAGCAGAUUAUUACUACCGGUCUUGCUACUGUUGCGUCAAUCCACGCGGUACACGGGGUUUAUCAAAGCGUGGGGAAGAGGAAUGCACGGCAAAGGGCUGUCAAGGAAGGUCGGCUCAGUCCGGCCGAGGCCAAAAAGCUCAAGACCAAGGCCAUCAUGAAGGAUGCAGCGUCCGUCGGUAUUGCCGCCAUGGGCAUUAAAGGCGCCAUUGAAGAGAUGAAAGAGGCCAAAGAGAUGACCCACGAGUGCAAGGUUUUCAAGCAGGAAAAGGCUCUUCGCCACGAGAAACGAGAGAAGCGGCGGCAAAGAGGCAACGGUCCGGGGGAUACCCCGCGGAGAGCCGAAAGCUGGGCACCGUCUCGUUAUCGUGAUGAGGACGACCUUUACAGGUCUGACUAUGGGCCACGGUAUUACGACGAUAAUCCGUAUGGUUCAGGCAGGCUUCCUGCACCUCCCAUGGGCUACGGUCGAUGA